AUGGAACCACUAAUCAGCACACCACUUCCAACGUACUGCGAACACUACGAGCCCCUUUUGGUAGAAGAGAUCGCCCUGGCCCGCCAUCCCAGCACCGUGCAUUACGGCAAAUGCGCCCUCGUUGGAUAUCUUCGCCCAAAUGUUCUAGAGUCGCUGGCGAUUCCCAGUUUGCCAGAAAAUCUUCAACUUCCGGAUGGCGCCACCCAGGUCGCGCUGAGCUUCGGCAACUAUUACGGGUCCAUUCCUCGCAACUGCACGGUGCGCGUUUUUGGAAGUGUCCAGCUUAAGGGACCGCCGGAAUCGCCGCUGACUAGUGCUAGAGAUCUGGUUGCUUCUGUGAAGGAAAUGAGAGCGGAUUUGGUUGCAAAGGGGGGAAAUGAGCUGGAAAUUGAGCGAACUUUGCAAACGAUUGUUGAGGCGAUGGCACGGGAUUACAGUCCGUUUGUGGAAGUUCAGGGAUGUGAGAAGAUUGAGCGCGCGAAGGAGUUGAUUGGUUGCAAUUUGAGGCUGAAAAGGAUUAAUAAGAAGUUGGAAUCACGGUUGGACGCGAUGGCCAGGGAAAUGUUUGAUUGUUGA